CCGGGGCCCGGCCGCCCUCGCUGAGUGGCGAGAGGACGGCGGCGGCCCCCGCCUCCCCGCGCUCCUCCUCGCCGCUGCCUGCGUGUGUGCCGCGGGCGGCGGGGCUACGAAGGAGAAGGGGGAGGCUGGGGCUACAUGGUGGAGGGUGGCGUGUGUGUGUGUGUGUCUGUGGUAGAGAAGGGGGGACGCGUCUGGCGAGGAGAAAGCCCAAGGUCAAGAGGCAGCUCUCCUCCUCCAUGGAAGAAGACGGCAGCGAUGAGCCGUGAGGAGGACGAAGAGGAGAAGGGAUGGAUGGCUGAGGGCUGCCGGGCUUCCCCGCGGGAGUGAGGAGACGGCGCCGAAGGGGCCGGAGGAGACAGUGCCGGGGUCGGGAGGAGGGAGGAGAGGAAGGCCAGGAGGAAGCGGGGGGUUUGAAUCUCCCUGCCCGGAUCGUUUCUCCCUCAGGGGAAGCUCCUGACGCGGCGCUGCCCCAGCUGCAAGCCCUCCGCGCCUCGGCCCAUGGCCCCCGCGGCGAGGAUGGAGCCGGGCGGCGCCCUGAGGAGAGCGGGGGCUGCCCCCGCGCCCCCCGGGGCCGGGAGCCCUUUCCCCUCCGCCUGCUGCUGCUGCUUCUCCUCGCUCCUGGAUGUGAACAGCUGGCUGCUCUUCUAUGCCUUCUUGUACCUGGCCCUCUACGCCCAGGUGUCCCAAUCCAAGUCCUGCGACAAAAUCUCCUGCUUCUCGGGUCAUUGUGUCAACUCCACCUGCGUCUGCGACCAGGGCUGGGUGGGAGACCAGUGCCAACACUGCCAGGGCAGGUUCAAGUUAACAGAACCUUCUGGAUAUUUAACAGAUGGACCAAUAAAUUAUAAAUAUAAAACUAAAUGUACAUGGUUAAUCGAAGGAUAUCCUAAUGCAAUACUGAGAUUGAGAUUUAAUCACUUUGCCACAGAAUGUAGUUGGGACCAUAUGUAUGUAUAUGAUGGAGAUUCAAUAUAUGCACCUUUAAUAGCUGUAUUUAGUGGUUUAAUAGUCCCUGAAGUGCGUGGAAAUGAAACUGUUCCUGAAGUUGUUACUACAUCUGGCUAUGCACUGCUACACUUUUUUAGUGAUGCUGCUUAUAAUCUAACUGGAUUUAACAUUUUUUAUUCAAUUAAUUCUUGUCCUAAUAACUGCUCAGAACACGGAAAGUGUACAACCAGUAUGUCCGUUCCAAGCCGGGUAUACUGUGAGUGUGACAAGUAUUGGAAAGGAGAAGCCUGUGAUAUUCCGUAUUGUAAAGCCAACUGUGGCAGUCCAGAUCAUGGGUACUGUGAUUUGACAGGAGAGAAGCUGUGUGUAUGCAAUGAUAGCUGGCAAGGUCCAGAUUGUUCUUUGAAUGUCCCUUCCACGGAGUCUUACUGGAUUUUACCAAAUGUAAAGCCAUUCAGCCCUUCUGUGGGCCGGGCUUCCCAUAAGGCAGUUCUACACGGAAAAUUUAUGUGGGUGAUUGGAGGAUACACUUUUAACUACAGUUCAUUCCAAAUGGUGUUGAACUACAAUUUGGAAAGCAGUAUAUGGAACGUAGUACCUGUAUCCAAAGGGCCACUCCAGAGAUAUGGACACACUCUUGCUUUGUAUCAGGAAGACAUCUACAUGUAUGGAGGCAAAAUUGAAACAAAUAAUGGCAAUGUCACCGAUGAACUGUGGAUUUUCAACAUACACAGUCAAACGUGGAGUAUCAGAACUCCUGCAGUACUUGUACAUGGCCAACAGUAUGCUGUGGAAGGUCAUUCAGCACACAUAGUAGAGCUGGACAGCAGAGAUGUGGUUAUGAUUAUCAUUUUUGGAUAUUCUGCCAUAUAUGGUUAUACAAGCAUUGUGCAAGAAUACUACAUUAGGUCAAAUUCUUGGCUUGUACCAGAAACGAAAGGAGCAAUUGUGCAAGGUGGCUAUGGCCAUACUAGUGUCUAUGAUGAACUGACCAAGUCUGUUUAUGUCCAUGGUGGAUACAAAGCAUUACCUGGUAAUAAAUACGGAUUAGUUGAUGAUCUUUACAAAUAUGAAGUUAAUACUAGAACAUGGACUAUUUUGAAAGAGAGUGGUUUUGCAAGGUAUCUUCAUUCAGCUGUCUUAAUCAAUGGAGCUAUGCUCAUUUUUGGUGGGAAUACUCAUAAUGAUACUUCCCUGAGUAAUGGUGCAAAGUGCUUUUCUGCUGACUUUUUGGCAUAUGACAUAGCUUGUGACGAAUGGAAGAUUUUACCAAAACCUAAUCUGCACCGAGAUGUCAACAGAUUUGGUCACACUGCUGUUGUCAGUAAUGGGUCAAUGUACAUAUUUGGAGGCUUUUCAAGUGUUCUUUUGAAUGACAUCCUCGUAUACAAACCUCCGAACUGUGAAGCAUUCAGAGACGAAGAGCUGUGUAAAAAUGCUCGUCCAGGGAUAAGGUGUCUGUGGAACAAGAAACAUUGUGAAUCCUGGGAAUCUGGAAAUGCCAACAACAUCCUUCGAGCAAAAUGUCCUAAGAAAACAGUUGCUGCAGAUGACAGAUGUUACCGAUACGCAGACUGUGCAAGCUGUACUGCCAACACAAACGGGUGCCAAUGGUGUGACGACAAGAAGUGCAUUUCAGCAAACAGUAACUGUAGCAUGUCAGUUAAAAACUACACCAAAUGUCAUGUGAGAAAUGAACAGAUCUGCAAUAAACUGACUAGCUGCAAAAGCUGCUCGCUACACCUGAACUGCCAGUGGGACCAGCGGCAGCAGGAGUGCCAGGCCUUACCUGCUCAUCUGUGCGGGGAAGGAUGGAGUCAUAUUGGAGAUGCCUGCCUCCGCAUAAAUUCUAGUCGUGAAAGCUAUGACAAUGCCAAACUGUAUUGCUACAAUUUAAGUGGGAAUCUUGCCUCAUUGACAACCUCAAAAGAAGUGGAAUUUGUUCUGGAUGAGAUACAGAAGUAUACGCUUCAGAAAAUUUCACCUUGGGUAGGCUUACGCAAGAUCAACAUCUCCUACUGGGGAUGGGAUGACAUGUCUCCUUUUACAAAUACAACUCUGCAAUGGCUUCCUGGAGAGCCAAAUGACUCUGGCUUCUGUGCAUAUCUAGAAAGAGCAGAGGUGGCAGGUCUGAAAGCGAAUCCAUGCACUGCAAUGGCAGAUGGUCUUGUCUGUGAAAAACCUGUCGUUAGUCCCAACCAGAAUGCAAGACCCUGCAAAAAGCCAUGCUCCCUGAGAACAACAUGUUCCAACUGUACGAGUAAUGGUAUGGAAUGUAUGUGGUGCAGCAGUACUAAACGAUGCGUUGAUUCAAACGCCUAUAUAAUCUCCUUCCCCUAUGGACAAUGUCUAGAAUGGCAAACUGCCACGUGCUCCCCUCAAAACUGCUCUGGACUGAGGACCUGUGGGCAGUGCUUGGAACAGCCUGGUUGUGGAUGGUGCAAUGAUCCCAGUAACACUGGAAAAGGGCAAUGUUUGGAAGGAUCAUCAAGAGGACCGAUGAAGCCUGUUAGCAUGCAUUCUAAUGAAAUGGCACUUGAUGCUAGUCUUUGCCCAAAAGAGAAAAACUACGAGUGGUCUUUUAUCCAGUGUCCAGCUUGCCAGUGUAACGGCCACAGCACCUGCGUCAACAGUAAUGUUUGUGAUCAAUGUAAAAACUUAACAACGGGAAAACAAUGUGAAACAUGCAUGCCAGGAUAUUAUGGGGAUCCCACUAACGGAGGACAAUGUACAGCUUGCACGUGCAGUGGACAUGCAAAGAUUUGUCACAUGCAAACAGGAAAAUGUUUCUGCACAACUAAAGGAAUCAAAGGAGACCAGUGUCAACUCUGUGACUCUGAAAAUAGGUAUCUUGGAAAUCCGCUUAGGGGAACGUGUUACUACAGCCUUUUGAUUGAUUACCAGUUUACCUUCAGCUUAUUACAAGAGGAUGAUCGCCAUCACACUGCCAUAAACUUUAUAGCAAAUCCAGAGCAGUCAAAUAAAAAUUUGGAUAUAUCAAUUAAUGCAUCAAACAACUUCAACCUCAAUAUUACAUGGUCCAUUGGCUCUACAGCUGGAACGAUAUCUGGAGAAGAGAUUCCUGUUGUUUCUAAGGCUAAUAUUAAAGAAUACAGAGACAGCUUUUCUUGUGAAAAAUUUAACUUUCGGAGCAACCCAAACAUCACUUUCUAUGUCUACGUCAGUAAUUUUUCAUGGCCAAUCAAAAUACAGAUUGCCUUCUCACAACACAAUACUAUCAUGGAUCUGGUGCAGUUCUUUGUCACCUUCUUCAGUUGUUUCUUAUCCUUACUGCUGGUAGCUGCCGUCGUUUGGAAAAUCAAACAAACCUGUUGGGCUUCUCGACGGAGAGAGCAGAAUAGCUGGGAGGCAUCCAGUUUUACAUUCUGUAGUUCUAGUCAACACUUUUCAGAAAGUACAGAGCAUCCAAAAACUGUACAGCAACUUAUGCGGGAGCGACAGCAGAUGGCCAGCCGCCCCUUUGCUUCUGUCGAUGUAGCACUGGAAGUAGGAGCUGAGCAAACAGACUUUCUACGAGGGCCAUUAGAGGGUGCUCCUAAACCAAUUGCUAUCGAGCCAUGUUCAGGAAACAAAGCAGCUGUCCUCACGGUGUUUUUAUGUCUGCCAAGAGGAUCAUCAGGAGUCCCACCCCCGGGUCAGUCAGGUCUUGCAAUUGCAAGUGCACUGAUAGACAUUUCACAACAGAAGCCUGCGGACUGUAAAGAUAAGAGUUCAGGAGUAAGAAAUCGAAAACAUCAUCUUUCAACACGUCAAGGAACUUGUGUCUGAGAUUCAAAAACUUCAAUUGUAUAUUCUGUAAUGUUUUCUUUUUAAAUGGCUUCCAUUGAAAGCUAUACUACAGCCUCAGUUUUUAUGGAGGCAAGUCUAUGAAUGAACAUGUGAGGUACUGUGCUCUGUUAGUCACACAGCCUACCAUACCCCAAAGCAAAACAAACUUAUGGUAGGUAUAUUUGAUGGGCUUUAAUGAAAAGAGUGGAUGCUGAUAUCAACAAAAGAUUAAAUAAAAUACCUAGCAUUCUUAAUCCUGAAUAUAUCAGAACAGGAAAAAUCCUUGAACAGAACUAGGAAAAACUGUACAUUGUUUUGUAAUGUAGAAGGAAAUUGUAUAAUUGAAAAUUAAGCGAAUUCCAGGAAACUAAAGGACAUUUUUGUAUAGCUUAAUGUAACAAUGAGAAUUGUACAGUUCUUUCCUUGUAAUCAGAAUUAAGAUGUCUUUCCAGUAAGCAGGAACUACAGAGGAUCAUUUGGAUUUGGGAAUUUUUUUAUCAUUGCCCAAAAUAGGCAGGCAACUUCUGAAUUUAGAAGGUAGAACCUGAGAAUACCACAAGUAAUAUUUAAAGGAAAAUUCUAUUUAAAUAUAUAUAUAUAUAUAAGAUUUUUUUUAAAAACUUGCAGAAGGUUCAGAAAUGUAAUCUGUGUUGCUACAGAGUGAUGGGUGGGGUUUCAUGUUUCUGUUCCUAAUACUCUUUUCAGAAUUCUGACUGAGAUAUUUUACAAACAGCUCAUGUGAGACUUCCAUGCCAGGCAAUUCAUUAGCAAAAUUGAUUGAGCAUGAGAAAGUUUCUUUUGUGAUCAAUUUUGGCAUUUUUUCCAAGAGAGUCUCCAAUAUUGCAAGUCUAACUUGCUGUUACUCUACAGUAAUAUACCUGCUCCCAUUUCAAUACUGAAAUUUUCUAGUAUUUAUAAAUAAUUCUGACCUUCAAACAGAAGAAAUGAAUCCCAGUCAGCACUUUGACCCUUGUUUAACAGCACAAUAUGGUUUUCUGAUGGUGUUGAUCUCCCACCUGCAGAACUUCAUCUCAGCCUCACUUUCAAAGCAGUUACCCUGCAUACCAAAAAUUAAAUAAGUAUUUAGAAAAUCAAGUUGCUUCCAACGGUGGUUCUGAAAUUCAACAUCCAGCAUGGAUCCUCAAACAAUCAGUACUCAGCAACAACAAGCAGACAAAAGAGUUUCCUUUUCACUGAACAUUAGCCUUUUGGGGGCUUGGUCACCACCACAAACAACCUAGCAAACAGCUUUAAUGGCCCUCAGGCUUUUUAUUUGCUCAAAAUUCACAAAUAUACAAAAAACUAAGAGUAUGCUAGGGGUAGGUAGCAGACGUGUCAUGUUCUAAUUUAUGCAUUACACGUUGACAGCAGUAUAAUAUGAAAAAAGUAGUUUUCUAUGAGCUUGUUGAAAGUGUAGUUUCUCAGCUACAAAUUUGCCACCAUGCUAGUACAGGAGACUGAUACAGAGGUAUAAAUUCCUCAUGUAAUGAUAGACUUUUGGUAAAUAUGAAAGAUAUAAAAAGAUAAUUGAUGUUUACUACUAUUUCUGUAUUUUUCAUGUUCUUUUUAUUUCAGGAAAAUGAUGACCUUUUACUGUUUAUAGUUGACUGCAUAGUUACUUGCAUGCCAUGGUGGUGCAGUAGCAGUAAUAGAGCCCUGUUGUGAGUUGUGUUUAUUUCGUAAUGCCAUUCAUACCUUGAAGUACUCAGCUUAAUUAAUUUGGGUGAGGACUAAGUGUAAAAAUAACUAUAAAAAGGAACGAUUGUACAGUGUGUAGUUAUAUCUUAUACAGAAAUAUUAGGUUGCAUCUAACCAUGACUGCUCUAUUGUUUUGAUAAAUUAUGCACUUAUUAAUUAUGAUAUAAUUAUUUCUUAUGCUGGCAUGAUUGCUUCAGUAUUUUCAUAUCUUAAAAUAAGAUUAUUAUCCUAAAAUAAUGACAUCACAAUCUUGUGACUUUUAUUGCCUAUUCUGACCUCAAUCUCUUAUAUCUUAAAAUUUCAAAAACUCCUUCUUAAAGCUCCUAUUGGGAACUUUCAAUCAGUGCUACUUAAUACAGUGAAAAAAAAUGGUCUUUUGUAAACAACCCUUUCUGUCGGUUUUCAAGUUGAUCUGUUCAAAUGAAUAUAAGCCAGUGGAACUGGUUUAUAGGAUACAUACAUUUAAGAAAAGAAGAGAACCACUUGUCUGGAAUAUUUUCCAAGCUCUGUAUUAUCCUCAACCUAAACAUUUCACAUAAGAAAUAUACAGUGUGUGUUUUUUGAGCGUACUGGAAACCCUGUGCACAGAAAGACCAUGUAUUCUUGCAGAGCAGUUCUGACUGUACUCACAAAGGAUUACUUUUCUGUAUCUCAACUGGAGUUUUACAAUUACUUGAAAAGAAGAUAUGAGUUUAAAAGGGAUUAAAAUAUUUUAUUGCAACAUUGGAGAUGGGCAAAUAUCAUUUUAUUAUGUUAACAGUACAAAAUGUUACUUUAUUGUAUAAGAAAAGCAUGUUUGUUAUGGGAUCAUUCAGCAUUUUCAUUCACUCUGAGAAUGUUUUUUCUUAACGUAUCUUUCUUCUCCCAGGGUCCCUAAUUGCAUGCAAAUUAGUAAAGGCAUAUAAUAAUAAAAUAAAUAGAGAGAAAUAGUUAUAUAAUGGCCAAACCUAAAUACCAGAAGAUUCCCAACAGACUUCAAACCAAAGCUUCAGAGUAACUGUUAUCACUUUCUAUUUUAAAGGUAUAAAAGUAGUAUGAUAUGUCUGGUAGCAACAUUCUAUCAGUUGUUGGUAAGUCCUUGUUUUUUAAUAAUGACCUCUGUACACCAGAUGAGAUGUUUUAUCAACUAUCAUAUUAUGACUGCUUCAUGAGAAAGCCAAUUUUGUUAAACCAUGCUUUCCAAGAUUAACACUUGAACUCUUUCUUAGAGUCAGAAAAUGUUGAAUGGCCUGCUUCAACCCUAGUGUGAUUUAUGUUGGACAAAAAAUAAAUGACUAAAUGCUGUUUUGGAAAGUAA